AUUAAACGUCAAAAAUUAACUAAAAACAGUUUUAAAAUACAAAUUAUUUAUUAUAUCUAUAUUAUUUGUUUGUAAUUAAUUUUUCUUUUAAUAAAAGAGAAAAUAGAAAUACAGUGAAUAAUAAUUUAAAAAAUUUUAUAUUUUUAAAUUUGCUUUUAUAACGGUUUUUUUUUUUUGAGAAACAUUGACAUAUAACCUCAAAAUUAUUAAUAGUAUUCUUGAAAUGCCGCGACUUAUGUUUUUAUUGUAAUUAAUUUAAACUGUGUGGUUAUUUGCAAGAAUAAAAUCUAGUUCAAUCAGCGCGGUUUUACGUUUGCGCAUUUAUCAUCAAGUUAUAUAUAUAUACAUAUAGGGGGGGGUGAUCAAAAUCUACCCCUAUAUACUGGUCUUGCUAAACAAAACGAAGGGUUGAGAGUGCCAGAAAUUAUAACGCGGGGGUUGUUCAUUGAAAAACAAAAGCAAGCUGAAUUUAUAAUAAAAUCGUGAUUGUUGAAAUACAUGAGAAUCAUUAAAGAGUCUUAAAAAUUGUUACGCUUUUAUAUUUUCUACUGCCGGCAUUUAUUUCGUAAAAAAAAAAAAAUAAUAAAGAAUCGAUUUGCUGAUUCGUAUUUUAUACGAUGGAAGCUCUAAUUCCAGUAAUCAACAAACUGCAAGAUGUAUUUAACACCGUUGGUGCGGAUGCUAUUCAGUUACCACAAAUCGUUGUCCUGGGGACACAGAGUUCAGGAAAAUCCUCGGUGAUAGAAAGUUUAGUUGGACGUUCAUUUCUACCGCGAGGAGUUGGUAUCGUGACACGUCGUCCUUUAGUUCUUCAAUUGGUUUACACACCGAAAGAUGAUCGUGAAUAUAGAAGUGCAGAGGAUGGUACAUUGGAUCUCAAUGAAUGGGGCACAUUUUUGCACAAGAAAAAUCAAAUUUUCAAAAAUUUCGAUGAAAUACGACAGGAAAUUGACACAGAAACUGAUCGAAUGGCGGGAGCGAAUAAAGGAAUAUGUCCUGAACCGAUUAAUUUAAAGAUAUAUUCAUCGUCGGUAGUGAAUUUAACAUUAAUCGAUUUACCAGGAAUAACAAAAGUUCCCGUUGGUGAUCAACCUGAGGAUAUUGAAUUACAAAUUCGUCAACUUGUCCUCAAGUAUAUUUGUAAUCCAAAUUCGAUAAUACUUGCUGUUGUCACUGCGAAUACAGAUAUGGCAACAAGUGAGAGUUUAAAACUCAGUAAGGAUGUCGAUCCUGAUGGUAGACGAACAUUGGCCGUUGUUACAAAAAUGGAUCUUAUGGACGCUGGAACUGAUGCAAUUGACAUUCUUUGUGGCCGAGUAAUUCCUGUAAAAUUGGGUAUAAUUGGCGUGGUGAAUCGCUCGCAACAAGAUAUAAAUAAUAAAAAAACAAUACAAGAUGCGCUAAAAGAUGAGGCAACGUUUCUUCAACGUAAAUAUCCAACACUUGCGCAUCGAAAUGGAACGCCAUAUUUAGCUAAAACACUCAAUCGACUUUUAAUGCAACAUAUUCGUGAUUGUUUGCCAGAUUUGAAGUCACGAGUGAAUGUACAAGUGUCACAAUAUCAAGCGCUAUUGAAUUCCUAUGGCGAGGAUGUGGGUGAUAAAAGUCAAACAUUAUUGCAAAUUAUAACAAAAUUUGCCAGCAGUUAUUGUUCGACAAUUGAGGGUACUGCGAGAAAUAUUGAGACAACGGCAUUGUAUGGCGGUGCACGUAUUUGUUAUAUAUUUCAGGAGAGUUUUGCAAAAACACUUGAUUCAAUACAUCCACUUGAUGGAUUGACAAAAAGGGAUAUUUUAACGGCAAUUCGAAAUGCCACUGGUCCAAGGCCAGCACUUUUUGUGCCUGAGGUGUCAUUUGAAUUAUUAGUGAAACGACAAAUACGAAGACUCAAGGAUCCAUCGUUACGUUGCGUGGAACUUGUACAUGAGGAAAUGCAAAGUAUUAUACAACAUUGUGGCAUUGAAGUUCAACAGGAGAUGUUGCGUUUUCCAAAAUUACACGAGCGAAUUGUUGACGUUGUUACGCAAUUGUUACGAACACGUUUACCAACCACUAAUCAAAUGAUUGAAAAUCUAGUUGCUAUUGAAUUGGCUUACAUCAAUACAAAACAUCCGGAUUUUAAUAAAGAUGCUGCCUUUGCAUCAGUUAUGUUGAAGGAAGUUGAUAUGGAGCACAAGAGAAGGCAUUUAUCAUCAAAUUCUAAUGCCAUUGUUCCCUUCGAUAAAAACACAAAAGUUGUGAAUAAUCGCGAUAGUGUAUCUAUGGAGCAACCACAACAGAAUCAUUGGCUUUUGAGUAAUCUUUUGCCACAAGGAAAAUCUGAAUCGACGUCAAAUUCAACUGAUGGAUCACCAGUUAGAAAUAUAUCGUCGCCAAAUUCACUGAUGAAUUCAUUACCAGAUGGACAAAAAAUGACGCCUCAACAAAAACCUGUAAACUUACUGCCAGAGGUGCCUACACAUAUUUCUUUCAAACUUAACGAAAGAGAACAACGAGACUGCGACGUUAUUGAGAGAUUAAUCAAGUCCUAUUUCUACAUUGUGCGCAAAUCGAUACAAGACAGCGUUCCAAAAGCUGUGAUGCAUUUCUUAGUAAAUUAUGUGAAAGAUAAUCUUCAAAGUGAACUUGUAACGCAUUUAUAUAAAUCAGAUCAAGCUGAAGCGCUUCUCAAUGAAAGUGAGCACAUCGCCGUUAGGCGCAAGGAAACUGCAAAUAUGCUUAAGGCGCUGACGCAGGCCGGUCAUAUUAUCAGUGAAAUUCGCGAAACACACAUGUGGUGAUAAGCGAGGAACUUUAGCACAGUUCACCGCUCAAAAAGUAAAAGAAAGAAAAAAAAUACGGUCAGGCUAGUUUUAAUUAGGCUUUACCAACUCUUCGUUAGAUAAGUUAUUCGACAUCUAUACCUAUGUAUAUUGGAUCAGUGUACAUAAUUAUUCUUACUUUUCACGCAAGCCGAAAAUCAAUUUCAUCAAAUGCACUUGUCACGACAUGACUUGUUUUAAAUGAUUGCUGCUUGUUUUUUGGCGAUCGUAUGUCAGUGUAUAAAUCGAUUAAAGCAGAAAUGAAAUUUA